GCGAUGGAUUCACUGAUCAAAACUAACUACGCGCUGUGUACAUUGUGAUCUUUCGUGAAGCGCUCGAGACGCGUACUGCGAUUGAUGUUAAACUGCAAUUAUUUAAUUUGCCAACGUCAUUGGUGUUGAUACACAUUGUACAAAGAUAAGAUGACUAGCACGGAGGAAGGUACGAUUAAAAUUGAAUUUAAGAAAAAGUCGAGGAAACCUUUAAGAAAACGAAAAGUGUCGUCGGACGAGGAUGACGACGAGAACGAAGAAGCUUCUGUCAGAGAAAAAGUUGAAGAAAUGAAAACUAUACAGAAGCUCAGAGAACGUCCAAAGGGUAUAAACAUUGUCGGAUUGGCUUUCGGUGAAAAUGAAACACCCGAUGUAAAUACAUCAGAUCCCUUCAAUGUAAAAACUGGAGGAAUGGUAAAUAUGGCUGCAUUGAAGAACCCAAAAUUGAAACAAAAUGACGCUUACGAAACAGGAAUUGGUACACAAUUCAAUGCGGAAACUAAUAAAAGAGACGAAGAUGAAGAAAUGGUGAAGUACAUAGAAGAAGAACUGUCAAAGAGGAAGAGUAAAAAUGAUGAGAAAACGGAGAACGGAUCGAACAGUGAAAAGGGAUCCUAUUGUUCGCCGGAAGAAGCAGCAUUGCAAGCAGUACCUGAACAUUUAAGACAAAGCUCCGCGCACAGAAGCGAAGAGAUGCUUUCUAAUCAAAUGUUAUCCGGUAUACCGGAAGUAGAUCUCGGGAUAGAAGCAAAAAUUCGGAAUAUCGAGGCUACGGAAGAAGCCAAAUUGAAAUUACUUUGGGACAGGCACAGGAAGAAAGAUGGCCCCUCGCAAUUUGUGCCGACCAAUAUGGCUGUGAAUUUUGUACAACAUAAUAGAUUUAAUAUAGAGGACGCGGAUUUCCAAAAAUCGAAACAAGAAUCGGACGAUAAAAAGAAAGUGGCGGCGCCUAGGGACGACUUCAAAGGGAAACGAAAAGAUAACGGCGAGAAAGCAACCGACGAUUAUCACUACGAAAGAUUCAAGAAACAGUUUAGACGAUUUUGAAAUUAUUUGUAAAAUAGAUACUCGAUUAUAUAUAUCUUUUCGAUAUACCUUAUUUAUACAUGUGUAUAAAAUGUUAAAUAAAUUUUA